UUGAGACAAGACUGGUGGGUGGUACUCUAAAGGGAGAGCUUGGUCAGAGUGGAGAUCUUGUCCUACGCAGUUAAUUAAACAUCUGUUUUUUCUCUCCGUUCUCUCCAUGAUGCAUUUUUAUGGAGCUUUGAUCCUGUUGGUGACUGUGUCUGCAGCAUGUGGAUUGAGAUGCUACUCAUGUGUUGGCGAACACUGCACCGACACGAUGACUUGUCCCACCAACUUUGACCGUUGUGCCUCCGUCAAUGUGAACGGUCUCUUCACCAAGAGCUGCAUGAGCAGUAUUGUAUGUAUUGACCCCAUUAAGUGCUGUAGCACGGACUUGUGUAACAGCGCCAUCCCCACUGGUCCCAGUGUCCUCCUCCUGCUGGUAUCCUCAGCCAUCAUCUCACUCUUUCUCUGAGGCAGCGGAGCAGCAACAGCUUAACAAUAUCUGUCUUCUUUCAUACCCAAUUUCAACAACUCAAGAAGAUUAAACUAAUUCUUAAUAUGUAAAAGCUGACUGCAGGUCCAUUUUUGUUCAAUAAAAACACAAUAUGAUCGAC